AUGCGUGUGGGUGAUGGGGUGGAGUGGCCGCUGUUCUGGGUUAAUAGGCCUCCAGAGCACCCCCGUCAUGCAAACGCGCUUUCGCGGCUUCCGCCAGCCAGUCCAGCCCACCACCGACAUCUCUCCACGUCCAUCCGCAUCGUCCGCGUAGUCGUUGUCUGCAUCGUCCGUGCCUUUCUGGUUUCUCUACAGCUGUACAGAUACAGCACCCACAGCAGCUUCAACUGCCACGGCAACUCGCCUCUAGCACCGCACAUCCUGACGUGUCGCGAGACGGCCUUUGCGCCGUUUGCAUUGGGGGCGCAGAACAUCCAUGCCCUAGAGUGGUACUACGUGAUGCGUCCGCCGCAUCUUGACGUCUUUCCCCACCGCCUGGGCCAGCAUGCUGCCCGGGAGUCCUUGACAGAACUUUGGGCUCUGAUUCUGCAUUCGCGAUAUUCUCGCACACCACCCUGUACCCUCGCACGUUCUCUCCACGACAUGAGAUGGCAGGCUGCACGACACUGCCACUCGACGCUCGGAUGCAGAGAGUUUCCCUGCCAGACGUGCAUGUUUUGCACAUGGCGAGCUGGCAAACUCGAGGCGCAGACUUUGCAGCUCGAUCAGCCACGCCAGGCGGACAAAGUCAGAGCGUGGCGCCAGCCCAUCGGCUGCUUCCAUCGCUUCCGGCGAUCAUCAUCCCCCCACUGCGGUCACCUUAUUUGUCCUGCUAUCACGCAUCCAGCUGGGGGACCCGGAAUGAUUGGACAGAGACGCAUCGCCAGCCGUCGAACCAUCGCGAUGACCAAAGGAUUAUUCCAUCGCACGAGAGCUGGCCAAGACGCGACUGACUCCAGCGUACGGAGUCCGGUUCUGCUCAUUUCCUCAGAUUGUCAACCGAAAAAAAGUGUCCCACCCGUCGUCAUUAAACAGUCGCUCGCUGGCCCGGAAACGCGCUCGAUUGAACACGAGGGGUUGUCUGAGCUUGACUCUCAAAGGAGCUCCAGAGGGCGGAUACUGUCAAGGGAGCUCUGGACCUCCCAUGUCACUGGAGUGACAGCGUUUGGACGUUGCGCCAUUGUCUCGCGAUCGCAGCCAGUCAUCAUCCUGCUCAUCCUGGGAAUCGUGAAGUCUUGCAUUCGCUAA